AUGAGAGAUCUUCAAGUAUUGGAUUGUAUCUUGGAUUUCAUCAGCCACGUGAACAUCUUGACCAAGACUGAGGAGACUGUGAAUGGAACGAAAUUCAACAAAUACACUCUUCAACACUUGGAGAUCCUAAAGGGCGGUCUCGAACUUCCCUCAGUCGUUCUCGUCCCAAUGGGUCCAUGUGGAUUGGAAUUGGAGGCCAAUGUCGAAUAUCUUCUCUCUGGAGUGUUGACCGAAACCCAUUCAUCUCAUUUCAGUGUUCUUCCCGGUCUUGAUGCUCUUGGUGGUUUGACUGGAGAUCUUGGUGGAGUUGGUGGACUCACUGGUGGUUUGGGUGGAUUGACUGGCGGACUUGGAGGUCUUACCGGAGUUGUUGGUGGACUCACCAAUGGAUUGGGACUUGGUGACUUGCUCGGUGGCUUG